GCGAGCAAUGAGUAGUAUUGGUGUGAGACUUCAACCUGGCCGUCGCAAAGGAAGGUGGGCGAGGGCCACGUUUAUAUACAUGUAUUACAAACCACUCGACUGUUAGGGUCGUCUGUCUGUAAGGGAGCACGGGCUCCACAGAAUGCUGGGGUUGGUAAUUAUGAAGAUAGAACAAAGGGCAAGCUCCUUGUUGGAUUGGCUACAUCGUACCAGCUGAAUGGAGCCUAAAAGGAUGUGUAGGCAUCAAGGCCUACAUACGGGCCUAUCAUCAUUGGUGGCCUAAUGAGUGGCAAGUUUGAUCGAAAGGGCAUUAUUAUUUGCCAUCUACUUCGCCACUAUGUCCAUCUAUAAUAAUGGCUCUCUGGCGAAGCCAGAGAGCGGGGCGGGGACAAUCAAUUCUCAAUAUAAUCCAUCUGUGUGUCGAAGCCAACACUCCUAUCGCACGGGUAAUACAGUCAAAUCGGAAUGCCACUCAAAGUGUAUGAGUGCAGUGAAUGUGUAUUGCUUGCUUGAAGAACCAAGCAAGAACUAUCUAAGACCGUGGACACGGUCAUUGUAUUUAUUUAAUUAUGGCGGGCCAGUAAGAGCACAGCUCUUACUUGCCCGGCAGGAAGGAGCUGCCUGGCGCCGGGCACUGCUAGCGUGCCGGGCCAUUGCCUGGUGCCAAGACCCUUCUUGGCACCGGGCCACCUCUGAUUGGCCGUCCUUCCGUUUGCCUGGUGCCAAGAGCCCUCUUGGCACCGGGCACUGUCUGAUUGGCUCUCGACGAGCGGGGCCCCCAGUCUUGCCUGAGGCGCCUGCCUCCUGCAGCUGGUCCAGUACGAACCAGGUUCGUCACAGGCUCUUGGCACCAGGCAAACGGAAGGACGGCCAAUCAGAGGUGGCCCGGUGCCAAGAAGGGUCUUGGCACCAGGCAAUGGCCCGGCACGCUAGCAGUGCCCGGCGCCAGGCAGCUCCUUCCUGCCGGGCAAGUAAGAGCUGUGCUCUUACUGGCCCGCCAUAAUUAAAUAAAUACAAUGACCGUGUCCACGGUCUUAGAUAGUUCUUGCUUGGUUCUUCAAGCAAGCAAUACACAUUCACUGCACUCAUACACUUUGAGUGGCAUUCCGAUUUGACUGUAUUACCCGUGCGAUAGGAGUGUUGGCUUCGACACACAGAUGGAUUAUAUUGAGAAUUGAUUGUCCCCGCCCCGCUCUCUGGCUUCGCCAGAGAGCCAUUAUUAUAGAUGGACAUAGUGGCGAAGUAG